AUGCCCAUCGACUAUUCGAAGUUUGAUCACAUUGGCGACUCCGAUGAGGAGUGCUCCUCUCAGCGUGGCAUCAAGAAAGACCUUCUUCAGCACCUUGGCAAUGACUCAGGUCUGCUGCGAAUGCUGCGCGGGCGCCGGCUGCGCCCCCGGCAGUCUCUAAGAUUGCAAAGUCUGUUCCUCACGCGGGCAGAGCGCCAGCGGUACCAAAGUCGGGGAGGCGCCAGCAGCAAUUUGCAGCAUCUGCAACACAACAUGGCCAAAGCUUCGCAUGCUUCGCAGGAAUGGUCGCGAGCUCCUGGAGGCGGAAGGCCAGAGAUGAAUGCCCUUGCGGCUGAGCUCGAAAAGCUCGCGGGGGGACGUGGCGGCCUGACGCCAGCUGAGGAGCCACCCAAGCCGGGAGAGCCGCAGCGAGUGUGCAUGAGGUCGGACGGCAGGAAGAAGAUCCACACGACCUACCCAGAUGGUGGUGAGAUGGUGGAGGAGUACGACGAGAAGACCGACGUGCUUCUUGUCAGGAAGGUGCGGAAGCCUUCGAAGGUUGGGAAGGAGGGCGAAUGGGUUUUCGAGGUGGGCCAGGCUAUGGAGGGUGCUUUUGAUCCCUACUCGGACCUGAUGCGCGCAUCUUCGAGCAACCCCAUAUUCCUUCGCAAGGACACGCCCGAACACUUUCAGUGGCGAAUCCGGAACCUCCCAUACUCCGCCGACGUGUACAGUGUGUCGGUGGACCAUGAGAAGCAAGAGAUUGUAGUGAAGACAUCCAACAAGAAGUAUUACAAGAGGAUUCAAGUUCCGGACUUGCCGCGCCACGAUUUGAAGUUCAAGGAUGAGCUGCUGUCCUGGAAGCACCAGCAUAGCACGCUCAUCAUCUCCUACGCGAAGCCUCCAGAAAUCCUCGCAGGAGAGCAACAAGCUCUCCGAGAGGCGGAGAGGUCUGCAGUCAAAAUGUGA